CGUCGUUAGAGACGAACCAGGACACCGGCUUUCUGUGCACACAUUGAAUCCUUCAUUUCCCAAAAUGCAAUGUAUUUCUUACGACUUUUGACCUCUGGAUGAAAACAAGUCGAUCAGCUGAUGCAAAAGCAACAACAUCUACGAGAAGGUGCUGAUCAACGUAGCUCAGCUGGUUAACAUUCUCACCGACAUUGGCUAUAUGUGGCAGUCGGCGGGAUGGCGCAAGACAGAGGACGUGGACAGUUUUAGACUGUGUCGAGGCAGCGUUUUAGUUGACGAAGCGUUCGUCGGACUGCUAGCAACUGCUAGGUCAGCGGACCGAAAUGAAGGUUGUUUGUUUCCUCAGAAGUGUUUAUUUUUGUUCGGUAACUCGUGUUAGCUAAUGACAGCGUAUUAUCGAGCUUCACGGUUUACUAUGACGAGCAUACAGGGCUAUAUCUGGAAACUUGGCAUCGUUUGUUGAGUUGAAACGUCUCUACAACAAGACAAAAGAUGCGGGGCUGCUAAUACUAGCAAGCAAGCUGAAAUGGCAAAACAAAAAAGUGAAUAAUAACCCGAGUAAGAGUUUUUGAAAUUUAAAUUUCGAAUUUAUUUACUUUUGGCUAGUUAUGAAGUUAUGAUAAGUUGGUCAUUUCUGAUAGGGUUGAUUAUGAGUGUAUGAUUUUGUUGUUGUUGUGGGGACUUGAACAAUAAGGUUACAUGCCACUUGUCCAAAGAGGUUUACCUAAACAUAUGUCCUCCUUUCCAGUAGUUUUGGAACCCCUGUUGGAGGUCUACCUGAAGUUACAGCCCUCAUUUGUUGUCAGAUCUAGGGGUAUCAGCCUGAACACACAGGUUUAACAUGAGUGGUCAAAGUCCAGCAGUGGAUAAAGGACUGAACACAGUCCUGGUUUGUCAGGAAAGUUACGCCUGCGGUGGGUCAGAUGAGGCCGCGUUUGAAUGUGAUGAAUGCGGAAGCUUGCAGUGUGCCCGCUGUGAGCUGGAGCUCCAUCGUCAGGAGCGCAUGAGGAAUCACGACAGGGUUCGGAUCACACCGGGCCACGUUCCCUUCUGUGACUCCUGUAAAGGUGACAACAGCUGCGUUGUCAGACUCAGGGCGGUGGUGCGCUGCCAGGGCUGUAAGAUCAACCUCUGUUUGGAUUGCCAGAGACGCACUCAUGGUGGAGUCAACAAAAGAAAGCACCCUUUGACACCAUACCCCCCUGCCAAAACUCUUCAGGAGAGCAGUGUUAUUUCUGGGGAGACGGAGAUGGAGGUCCUCAAGUCCAAGCUGGAGAAAGUGUGCAGCUUCCUGUUGGUUGAUGAGAAGGAAGAGAUGCAGGUAAAGGACGAGGACGAUUUUGUUAGCCGACUGGACUGCCAACCAGAUGAGCUUCUCAAAGUGGUCUCCAUCUUUGGCAACACCGGCGAGGGCAAAUCCCACACGCUGAACCAUACCUUCUUUCUUGGAAGGGAAGUGUUCAAAACCUCCCCUACCCAAGAGUCCUGCACUGUGGGUGUUUGGGCUGCUAUGGACCCUCUGCAUAGGGUCGUAGUGAUCGACACAGAGGGGUUACUUGGUGCUGGAGCGAAUCAGGGCCAACGAACACGGCUUCUCCUGAAGGUCCUGGCCAUCUCUGAUGUGGUCAUCUACCGCACACAUGCUGACCGUCUCCACGACGAUCUCUUCAAGUUCCUCGGUGAUGCUUCAGACGCAUACUUAAAACACUUCACAAAGGAGCUGAAGGCAACCACCACUCGCUGUGGCCUGGAUGUUCCAUUAUCCACUCUGGGGCCCGCCGUGAUCAUCUUCCAUGAGACUGUCCACACCAAGCUCCUGGGAUCAGACAAACCAUCUGAAUCGGCCGACCGUUUGCUCCAGGAGCGUUUCAGAAAACUGGGCCUCUUUCCGGAGGCCUUCAGCUCUGUCCAGUACCGUGGGACUCGGACCUACAACCCUCCCACGGACUUCAGCGGUUUGCUGCGCAGCCUGGAGCACCAGCUGGAUAACAACACCACCCGAUCACCACGCUCUGCCAGCGUCGUCUACAAAGCCCUGCUGGCCCUGAGUGAGCGCUUCAGUGGAGAUAUUUCAGAAGAACAAAUGAUCAGUAACUCCUUCUUUCCGGACGAGUACUUCACUUGCUCCAGCCUCUGUCUCAGCUGUGGGUCAGGCUGUAAGAGAAGCAUGAAUCAUCUAAAGGAAGGACUCGAGCAUGAGGCCAAGCAUCGUUGCCGCUACUCUGCACAGUAUGACAACCGAAUCUACACCUGCAAGGCAUGCUACGAGGGAGGAAAGGAAGUAAUAGUGGUUCCCAAAACGACCGCCUCCUCUGACUCACCGUGGUUUGGCUUGGCUAUCUAUGCUUGGUCAGGAUACGUAAUUGAGUGCCCCAACUGUGCUGUGAUCUACAGAAGCAGGCAGUACUGGUAUGGAAACCAGGACCCUGUGGAAACGGUGGUCAGAACAGAGAUCCAACACAUCUGGCCUGGGUCGGAUGGUUUUCUGAAAGACAACAACAAUGCUGCACAGAGGUUGUUGGACGGGGUCAAGUACAUUUCCCAGUCUGUGUCCGAGCUCAGCGUUAAACCUGCCAAAGCGGUCACCUCCUGGCUCACCGACCAGAUCGCACCGACCUAUUGGAAGCCCAACUCUCUUAUCCUGAAUUGUCAUAAAUGCGGUGAGGAGUUCCAGGCCAAUGACACCAAGCACCACUGUCGUGCCUGCGGAGAGGGUUUCUGUGAUGCCUGCUCCUCGAAAACCCGGCCGGUCCCAGAGAGAGGCUGGGGCCUCGCCCCUGUCAGAGUCUGUGACGCGUGCUUCCACAACAGGGGCAUCCCAACCGGUAUACAGACGGAUCACGAGUUACUUGAUGCUGCCUUGGAAGAAGAGGGAGGCACUCUGAUUGCCAGGAAGGUCGGAGAGGCUGUUCAGAACACUCUGGGUGCUGUGGUCGGCGCCAUAGACAUCCCUCUCGGCCUGGUGAAGGAUGCAGCGCGCCCGGCCUACUGGGUCCCGGAUCAGGACAUCCACUCCUGCUGCGAGUGCCAAAGGGAGUUCACGGCGCGCCUGUCCAUCCACCACUGCCGCGCCUGUGGCCAGGGCGUGUGUGACGACUGCUCUCAGGAACGCCGCCCCGUGCCCUCCCGUGGGUGGGACCACCCGGUGCGGGUUUGCAACGGCUGCUGCCAGAAACCCGGGGACCUUUAGCGGGACGGGGAGCGAGGAUCAGAGGGUGAAAAGGUCAAUGACACAAGCCAUAUCAAAAACUGGAAGGGAGAACAAAAAGAAACUGUAAAUGUGUGCGUGGAGGUUUUUUUGUUUGUUUGUUUGUUUUUUUGCUUUU